AUGCCGCCUCAACCUACAUCCAAGAGCGGGGGACUCUCGCUGUAUGCAAACCUUCUAGAUCCAGCUUCCGAAAGCUCUACAGCUCCCGGGACGAUAGCCAAAGCUCCAGUCCUCUUCACUCAGAGCUCUGAAGCGGGCACAGAUACAGACGAUAUUGUUACAGAUAAGCAACAGAAAAGUGCCGCAUCUUUACGAUUUCAGCCCAUCAAGAGACCGCAGUUACCGAGUCAGAAGCCGAAAGCAAAACCUUCAUUCCCCAAACCAACAUCGACGCCCUUGGCACCAGGCAAUACAACCACCGCAACAUCUUCAUCUACACGCCCGCAGGUCAAGUCGACCCUCGCCGAUUGGGCCUCGACAGCCGAUGAUGACGAUGUAAAUGGCUUCUAUGGGCAAGAAAAGCGACAACGUGGAGGCCGCAAGAAGCGGAAGAAGAACCGAGAGGGACCAGAAAUGAUCACGAAUUGGGACGACAUCUAUGACCCCUCCAGGCCCAACAAUUACGAAGAAUACAAAAGGAGCGAUGAAAAAAUACGCGAAGUGAGAGAAUGGAAGGACAGGCUGUAUGCGCAUCGUAUGGUCAGGCGGCGCAGUACCGACUUUGACAGUGAUGAUGAAUCUCCGCCACCACGGAACCGGCAAUUCGCUCCUCCUUCCUAUAACUUUGCGCCGCCAGCCGAUCUCAAUGACACCUCGAAACUACCACCCAUCGAAAGUAGCGAAGAUGCCUACGCACAGCGCCUUCAGAAAACCAGACAACAAGACACUGAAGUGGACAUGGAAGAUGCAGAAUACAAACCUCCGCCUCCGCCGGCCAUAGUACCAAACGAAGCUACAGGAGACGAUGCGUAUGCAAGAAGGCUCCAGAUGAGCCAGCAACCACCACCACCACCACCCCCUCCCCCCGAACAACCCCUAGUACCUAGCAAACCCUCCAUGUCGACCUUUCAGCCUGCUUCGGCAACGAUAUCUCGCGCACCGGUGCGGUAUACAUUACCUCCUGCGCCUGAAGAUAUACCAGCAACCGAAGAGGAGCUUGAGGCUGUUUUUGCCGAAGAAGAACCAGUUCAGGAUGAAGGAGAGGAAGCUCCUCGGUCUCUACGGCCCGGACAAAAGGGCUUUGCUGAGCGUCUUAUGGCAAAAUAUGGCUGGACCAAGGGAUCUGGUCUGGGUGCUGCCGGUACUGGAAUUGUCAGCGCGUUGCAGGUGAAGGUAGAGAAGCAAAAGAAGAAACCGGACUCAGAAGGCGGAGGUUUUGCAACACCUGCGGGUCGUGGCAGGAUCAUCGCUAGCAAGAAGAGGAACGAGGAAGAAGGAAAAUUCGGUCCCAUGAGUGAAGUUAUUGUGCUCUACGGUAUGCUAGACGGCAUGGAUUUGGCAACCGAACUGGACAACAGCCAAGGUGGUGGUCUCAUGCAAGAGAUAGGCGAAGAAUGCAAUGAAAAGUAUGGCCGUGUCGAGAGAGUCUUCAUACACCGAGAAAGCAAUGAGCCAGUUCCAGUGUUUGUCAAAUUCACUGCCCAACUAUCAGCCUUGCGCGCUGUCAACGCGCUGGAGGGACGUAUAUUUAAUGGGAAUAAGAUCACUGCAAGGUUCUACGACACCGAGAAGUUCGAUAAAGGUGUAUACAAAUGA